ACCCACCUGCCAGAAACAUCAAAGAAUAGUAGGAAAGGUGAAAAUUGAGGUUUCAAUUCACCCAUGAAGCUCUAUUCCUUCAUUUUUCUCAUUCUUUUGUUAACUCAUGGCUACUGCAAAUCGGAUUUUCGCACUGGUUCUCCACUCAUGCUGGCCGUCCCUGUGGAUUACAGUGCGGGAUUCAUUGGGAGAGCUUUUCUAAUGGACACUAACCAAAGGGUACCCGCCUUUAGAGUUGCAUUGAGCGUUGAAGCCUUUAAUGGAAAAUACUCGUGCUCACUAGAAGUUUUCCUCGGUGAUGUGAAGGUCUGGAACUCUGGGCAUUACUCCAGGUUUUACACAUGGGAUAAAUGCGUGCUAGAGCUUACUGAUGAUGGAGAUUUAAGGUUGAUGGGUCCAAACGAGCAGGUGGGAUGGCGGACGGGGACUUCCGGACAAGGUGUGGAGAGAUUAGAGAUACAGAGCUCCGGGAAUCUGGUUUUAGUUGACACCCUGAACCGGAUAAAAUGGCAGAGUUUCAAUUUUCCGACCGACGUGAUGCUCUGGGGCCAAAGGCUCAACGUGGCCACCCGCUUGACUUCUUUCCCAAGCAACUCAGAUUCUUUCUACACCUUUGAAAUUCAUCACAACAAGAUUGCUUUGCACCUGACUUCGGGUAAGUGGAACUAUUCAUACUGGGAAUUUAAGCCUUCCUAUAAUAGGAACAUCACAUAUGUCAAAGUGGCUUCAAAAGGCCUAGUGUUAUUCAGUGAUGAAUAUAAAAAAAUCGCGCAGAUUCCAUCACAAGCACCUGAGCCUCUAAGGUUCCUAGCACUGGGAAAUUCAACAGGAAAUCUGGGGUUCUACUUUUAUUCACCCGGAGAGGGAAAAUUUGAGGCGGCUUUUCAGGCACUCAACACAACAUGUGAUCUUCCUCUGGCUUGUAAGCCUUAUGGCAUUUGUACAUUCUCCAAUGCUUGUUCAUGUAUGCGGGGUCUAAUGGGGGAAAAGUCAACGAAUUCUAAUUGCAGUGUGGGAAUUUCUGGAGGAUUCUGUGGGAUUAUUAGCAAGCCAGAGAUGCUUGAAUUAGAUGGCAUUAGCAGUGUUCUGCAGAAUGCUUCUAAAAAGGUUAACGUUAGCAAAGAAACAUGUGAAAAUUUGUGCUUGGAUGACUGUACAUGUGCAGCUGCAUUAUAUUCUUCAGGCAGAGGAGAGAAGACACAGCAACGAGAAUGCCAUCAUUACAGGCUGGUGAUGGGAGUUAAACAGGUUGAAAAGGGAAGUGGAUUGAGUUAUAUGGUAAAGGUUCCAAAGGGAACUCGUGGGAGUCAUGGUAAAUCUAAUGUGAAGAAAUGGGUGUUGAUCAUGGUGGGAGUGAUUGAUGGAUUGAUUAUUCUGCUUGUUUUGGGAGGGCUUGGGUACUACUCCAUACAAAAGAGAAGGGAAAACUCAACCCAACACUGACAACAACACUUGACUUCAUAUGAUUCCAGUUUUUUGUGGGAAUUCAAAGCACCGUUACAAUUCUUUUUGUAUUCUGUUCAUAGAGAAAAAGAAAACACAAUUUUUAUUGUUUCUAACAGACCAAGGUUCAU